CACACUUAAUAAAGAUGAUGAUGACCCUCAUCUAAAGUUGCCUCCACCACACAAACAGUUCCUAAUCUCACCACCUGCCUCGCCCCCAGUCGACUGGGAACAAAGCCUCGAAUCUAGACCCAAAAUAAACUAUGACCUUCUUGCAGCCAUGGCAGAAUUAGCACCAGGAGAAGCCCAUGAAAUACACCCACCAUCUAAAGACCAGCCCGGCAUUGUUGUCCACAUCUGCGAAGACCCAGAGGGUUAUAGAGAACAGGGCGGCAUCGUUCAAACAAGAUGUCCGGAACGUAAAACGUGAAAAAAACAUGUGCAUUUUGUGAAAAUAUGAUGUUCAUAUAGAUAAUCUAUGUUGGAAAAAUUGCUGCAAUGAAUUUUGUGAAUAUUAAUGCAAUACCAUAUUGUAUGUUACGGAAGAUGUUCAUGGAUUUACUGGUGUUUAGUCAUUUUAAUCUUCAAUCUUAUUUUAAUGUUGUUUUUCACUAUGCAUGAACGCAGGAAACUUUUGUUUUGGUCUUUAAUUUAGUCGAUCCAAUGCAAAUGACCAUUAUGUAUGCUGAUUUUUUAUUUCUGACGGGAACCAAACAUUUUUGAUGGCACAUGUGUUGAGAAAAAUGUAGAAAUUGAGGCGUUUUUGCAAUUUACUGUUGUAAGUUUUCUUCAACAUUUUCGAUUUUGGAAGUUUUCAUCAAAGCCGUACCUUUAUCUUAAUAUAUACUAUUAGUGUACAGUGCAAUCUCUGCUCAGCCACACCCUUUGGAAUGACAAAGAAUGUGGUUGUUAUAGAGAGGUGUUGCUUUCGAGAGGUAAUAUUCAUUGUGAAUUGUUCCUUUUGAAAGACAUGAUACUCUUGUUCUAAAGAGGUUAUUGCUGUACAGGGGGUCUUUAUACAGAGGCUGCAUUAUAUAUCUGUGUAUCAAAGGUCAUCUCUGGAGGGACUGCAGUUCCAGAAAUAAUCACAAAUUUCUUUGAAAGGGUGUAAAGCUAUUGUUUGGGUUUCACUAGAAUCGUGGGAAAAUUUUGUUGUACCAUACAUAACUUAAGUGAAAUAUUGUGUAAGACAGAUUUUUUCUUCGUCAGGUUUUCAGAAAUUGACAUAUUUAAAUAAUUUAUUGAAAAUAUUAUAAUCCAUUUAUUUUGAGUUAUUUCAAGUCACAAAUUUAUUGCAUUUUUCAUUUAUAUGACAAAGAAUAUUUUAUUCAUUAAUAUAAAAAAAAGAAGUUUUUGAAAAUCUCAGAUAUCAUAUGAAAAUCAUAUUAUUAUGAUCGCAAGGCCAUGUGCUACAAUUUUCAAAUAGUCAUAUAGGUAGAAUAAAAAUUGUUUCUUAGGAACUUACCUUAAAUAAGUAAACAGAUCAAAUAAAUUCAAGGGUAAAAUAAUAACUCAAUAAAAUCAUCUCCUUCCUUUUUUUUUUUGCUAAAAAUGUUUGUUAAUUAGCAUAUGUUAAAAAAGUAAAUACUAUGAAUCAUAUUAUUUCAGUCUAUAAUUGUGCCGCAUCACGACAAAACCAACAUAAUGGGUUUGCGACCAGCAUGGAUCCAGACGAGCCUGCGCAUCCGCACAGUCUUAUGAGGAUCCAUGCUGUUCGCUUACAAACCCUAUAGCAAGUAGAGAAACUGAUAGCGAACAGCAUGGAUCCUGAUCAGACUGCGUGGAUGUGCAGGCUCGUCUGGAUCCAUGCUGGUCGCAAACCCAUUAUGUUGGUUUUGUCGUGACGUGGCUCAUAUGAAAACUGUAGCAAUCAUACUGAUCUUUUUAAGAAAUGUACGAACUUUCAUUGUAUAUUCAAAACAGUGGGGAGAGGACUACUGAAAAAUAUCGGCUUUCUACUAUUCAAUUUAUCAAAAUAUUUAAAUUAUGUACCGAUAUGCAGUGUUUUUUUCACUCAAUUGGGAAUAGGCUUUAGCCUCUUGAUUGUGGGAAGAAUUAUAUCUUGAAAAAAAAUGCUAAUUUGGAGAGCAAAAACAAGCUGGUGUAUUAGUUUAGAGUUUUGGGAAAACUGCAUGAUUUAAAGAGUUUCUGUUGAGAAGAGACCUUUUAUCAUUAGUUCUUUGUUAAAUAAGAUGAAAAAUCAUUGAUAUGUUAAUUUAUAAUACAUUUGUAACUGAUUAGUUUGAAUAACAUUAAAAAAUGUUCAGCUUCACCCUCAUUCCAGCUUCAUGUAAAAUACCAUUUAUGUUUGGUUAAGGUAUCUGGACAAGACUUUUAUUUUACUAAGUCCUGGAUAAAGUGAUGCUUAUUUCAUUAUUGAUAUAGACAUAUAAUGAGGUAAAUACAUGUUUUCUACUCUUGAAAUCAAUGUAUAAAUUGUAUUAGAUUAUAUUGAAUUUAUUUUACUUUGAUUAUAUUGGAAGCUUAUAUAAGCUUAAAUUAAAGAAAGACUCGGGAAUCCGUUGCUACCAAUCAGUACUAAGCUAAAUGACAGUGUAAAGUUUUUUUUUCAAAUUAGGAAACAAUCACUUGCUUCUUUGAACCAACAUGUACAGUAAUCAUUAGGUAACUAGGCUAAUUUUCUUUUAAAAUAAAAAAAUAAAAUGAAAGUAUUUUAUUUAAUUUGAAAUUUUAUUAAUGAGCUGUAUUACAUUAAAACAUAUUUUUCUGUAAAAAGUUAAUUAUUUAAAUAAGAAGUCUCUAUUCAAUUGUGUUUUUUUUUCUUUAUGAAAUUGAAUGUUACUUGAUGAAAUCAUGUAUUUUACAUACUAUUUUUGGGUCAAAUUUCAAUCUGAAAUUGAAGAGGAUGUUCUAUAAAUAGUAACAUAGCUAUUGAUAUUUGUAAAUCUUCCGAGCUUUUCAUGAAACAUUUAUGGGAUAAUUUUUUAUUUCGCUGCGCUCAGUUUGUAAAUGAAAUUAACAGACGUCCUUAAGGUUGUGAGAGUUUGAAUGUGAAGAGAAAGGAGUAUAGAUAUAUCUGUCAUUAGAAAUCAUUUUAUAGACUGAUGUAUCAAGAGCUAGGGACAUUGUUUUUUGGUUUUUUUUAUAAACAUACAAUUUUGAUUUUGGUGUUUUUCCCUCAAAACUUGUUUAUUGUCUCAUAAUAUAUUAUAUUUCUUACAGCUGUCAUUAAUUUCAUUUAAUGUUUAUAGAAGAACUCAUAAUGAAUUUCAUCAUAUAAUCAAGAAUUGAUAACCUAGAGUAGGUUGUCAUUUACAGUUAAGAAGAACCAGAUUGGUUUAAAACAAAAGAGAGCCAGACUUGUUUGAAUUUAGAAGAAUCAGACUGGUGCACAAUAAAGUAAAACCAGACUGGUUUAAGAUUUUGAAAAUAAGACUGGUUGACAAAAUAAGGAGAAUUAGAUUGGUUUGUGGUUAAGGAGAGCUAGACUGGUUUGUGGUGAAGGAGUAAUAAAAUGGUCUAAAGUUAGAACUAAAAAUUAAGACUAAUUUAAGUUUAAAAGCUAGACUUUUUAUAAAAUUAAGUGAAAACUAACAGAUUGGUUUAUUCUUAAGGAAAAGUAAGGUGAUUUACGAUGAAGAACCAGAAUGGUUUAAGAUUAAGGAGAACCAGUAAGGAAACUCCGACUUAGAUAUGGUUUUAAAAGGACUGUAAUAAAGCUAAGAUUAGGAAAUGUUAGAUAAUAAAUAAUGUUACUAGAAAAUGAAGGAAAAGCUUGACCAAGAUUUUUUUAAAAACUGAAGGAAAUCUGGUUAGAGGCAACAGCCUGCUAAGAAGGGGAAUGAGAAUUUGAAAAGUUAAAGGAAUCAUAGCAUAACAUUUAGUUUAUGCCAUGUAUCAAAUGUUAUUUAACUUAUUUUGUUGUAUCAUUUCAUAUACAUGUAGUAUCUUGUAUUUUAUACAUUACCAAUUUUGGUUUUGGUGUUAUAAGACACUUUUUGGGAUGUUGAUUUAUGUGUAUUUUUUAAAGUUUUGGAUGAAGCUAAACUGUUUAUUUUGCUAAAAUAACAAAAAUUGAAUAUUUCCUACAAACCCCAGCUGCAGCUAAUGUUAAUGUUAUUUUUAGCACACUAACCCUUUCUCAGCUGAAACCGAAAGAUAGCCUUUGCUGUUAGUAUACAGCCAGGCCAACCUGAACCUUGGUGAAGUUGGACCAGGCUCUAUACUGUUGGCUGAAUAUCUGAAUUUCUAUCUUGUUUUCCCCAAAAAUGAUAAUGGACAGUCCUAAAAAAUGGAAACUGAGCAAGUCCAUUUUAGAAAUUAAGCUGGAUAAGGGUUUAAUAAUGUGUGCAGGAGUGCAAUAUAUGAAAUAUGCCAUGCUGUUAAAGCCCUGUUGUGAUGUGACAUACCAUGUAUAUGAAAAAUAUAGCAUCCUUUUGAUAAUUUUUAUGAGAUAUAAUUUUUAUCAGAUAUAUGCAUUAAAUAAGAAUUUAUUUACUGUUUGUUGUUUUGUUUCUAUAGUAACAGUAAUUUAUGUUUUAAGGAAAACAUGACAAUGUUGGCAAAUAUGACUGUAAACUUUACUAAAUUGAUAUAUGUAUAAAUUCAGUGUUUAAAUUUU